GGCUAACACCACCUACUUCCUCCUCCACCUCUUCCCAGUGCUCCCACUAAAAACACAAAAAAAAGAAAGAAUUUCUUUUACGUUACAAAUAAGGGAUUUCUCAAUUUUCUCCUUAUAAAACCAAACUCAUUUACUCUUCUCACUUUCAAAUUCAAUUGCCCAAUUCUUCCAUUAUUCUUUCUCUCUGUACAAUCAGAAUUGGAAUUUUUUGUCUUCCUAAUUUCCAGCUUCUUCUUCUGAAAUAUCAUCAAUGGAGGGGAAGCUAUUGAGAGUUAAAUCACAUACUUGUGCCAAUUACAGUACUAUUCAUCGUAAUCAUGUUUCAAAGAAUAAUUUAAGAGUGCCCAUUUCUUCUAUUUUCACUCUAAAACCAAAAGGAAACUCUAUCAUCGUUAAGAAGGGUUCAACAGUAACAACAGGGUUUCAACCUAUCAAAGCUUCAUCAUCAAUGGCAACAUCUCAUUCUUCAAGAUCAGAAAGCAAGAAGAGAGUGGAUGAGAGUGACACCUUGACUUUGGACAGUAUAAGGCACUCCUUAAUCCGCCAAGAAGAUAGCAUAAUAUUUAGCCUUUUGGAGAGGGCUCAGUAUUCUUACAAUUCUGAAACUUAUACAGCUGACACCUUUGCAAUUGAUGGUUUUCAUGGAUCUCUGAUUGAGUACAUGGUCAGGGGAACGGAAACCCUCCAUGCUCAGGUCGGGAGAUACAAGAGUCCUGAUGAACAUCCGUUCUUCCCAUCUGACUUGCCCGAGCCAGUGCUACCACCAUUGCAGUACCCACAGGUUUUGCAUCCCAUAGCUGAUUCUAUCAACAUUAACCAUAGGAUCUGGGAUAUGUACUUUAAGAAGCUUCUCCCCAGAUUGGUUAAAGAAGGGAAUGAUGGCAACUGUGGAUCAACUGCUGUUUGCGACACAAUAUGCCUCCAGGCACUCUCUAAGAGAAUCCAUUAUGGUAAAUACGUGGCUGAGGCAAAAUUUCGAGCCUCCCCUGCUGUCUAUGAAGCUGCCAUUAAAGCACAAGAUGCAGAUAGAUUGAUGCAACUACUCACAUAUGAGGAAGUGGAAGCAUCAGUCAAGAGGAGAGUCGAAAUGAAGACAAAGACAUAUGGUCAAGAAGUUAACACUAGUGAAAAUACUGAUGGAUCUGACCCAGUCUACAAAAUUAGGCCAAGCUUAGUUGCAGAUUUAUACGGGGAUUGGAUCAUGCCCUUGACCAAGGAAGUCCAAGUCGCAUACCUCCUCAGAAGGUUGGAUUGAGAACUUCCUUUUGUCUUGUUUCACUGUUUCUUUCCUACUUAAAAUUGGGUAAGAAACAGUGGUUCUUGAUCCUUAUACUCAUUAGGAUUACUUACCUGAUGGUACCAUUGUUGAUAUAGAGGUGUUUAGUUAGUUCAGUUAGUUCGGCUGCUAUUUAUAAUCUGUUUACCGGUAGUUGGUUUCACCUAGUAUAUUCUAAGCUGUGCUGCAAUGUGAAAAGAAAGAAAAAUAUCGAUGUUUAUGCAAAUUUCUAUUUGUAAUUAGAAAUGGGUGCUUUUGCGAA